CGAACCUAUAUCCUAUUGCUGCGCAGCGGUCUUUCCGUGUAUACGUCACAGCCCGUGCACCUCCAGCUUCUUCCUCUUAUUCAGCAAAAAUUUACUAAAAGCUUCCAUUAUCAAUAUGAUGACAGCAAGAGUGUGGAUGUGAUGCUGUGGAACCCGGAUCUGGAUACCGGGACAAUGAUCAGUUUCCUGGUACGUCUCCUGAUAAACGGCAAGGUCGUUGCUGUCCUGGACGCACGCCUGCCGUAUACCGAUGCAAUCUACCCGCGACUGUUGCGAGCGUUCGGGUCUGACGCUUACAAACCCGAAUAUCCCUUCAGCCGUCAACUAUACAUCCGUCGACACCCGAUUGUUCUCAGUCCAUCGCUGGAACGAGAAUGUCAUGGGAAGAACGAUGAUGUGGAAGUGUGUCGCUGGAAGGACACAUUUAGCGUGACAACGCUAUCAUUAUCCAGUGAACUGCCGUCAUCCGAAGCGGUUCAGCAAGCAAUGUCAUCGGCUUUUUUUCAAGCUAAUCCACACUCAAUUGCACCGGCGUCCUUUGCCAUCACACUGACCAAUAAUCAGGAACAAAAUCUUACACUUCCGGGGCAUAAUAUUGUGCGCUAUACGUUCUCGUUUUCCUAUUACAAUCUGACGCGCGGAAAAUUUUGGAAUGUCUGGAGAUUUCCUAGCAAUGAAACAAUCGCGCAGACGAUAGCAUCUCAACUUCCGGGGAAGAUUUGGGUGUUCGAUCCGUCGAUGACAUUCACUAUGUACAGCAGCGAACCCAUUAGCUCGCAGCUGCUACCGACACUGCAAGAAACCAUGCAAAGGGCCGCUCGAGAGAUAGUCAUCUGGAAUCCUGAUUCCAAUGGAACCGUCAUCAACUUUCUCGUCAUCGAUUCUGAAGUACUGCCGAGUGGAAUUGUGGAUUCACAGCGGGAAAGCAGCGAUUGGAUCUAUCGACAAGUCUCCGGGUUGCAGCUGGACAGGAACACGAUGAAAGUUGAUACGAUAUUUGAUACAAGAUUCAUUUAUCUGGAUAGCGACGACACCGAUAAUCCGAUGGCAGCAGUAUUCAAUGACGGCGCCAGGGAACCCAUCAUACCAAACAGUGACAAAGCCGGCAAUCCCAUUACACUGAGUCGGCAUCCGCCGGCAACGUUGGACCAUAAACAGAAUGAUACUGUUAAUGACAAACAGAAUGUGCCGCCUCACGAUAAAUGCAGUCAGGAGGAUGCUGACGAGAGCUGUGCCUUGCCGUCUGUCCUUUCCUUGUUUGUGAUGAAAUCAUCUUUUCCUUACACCAUGGAUUCCGAUGACGUUCUGCGCGGUGUGGGUGAUGCGUUCGCGGAAGUUAAUCCAGUCUCCGUUGAAUUGAAUAUCACACUGACGCGCCGCACCGAUGGAUUUUGA